AUGAAAGUCAUCUUUAUAGUCGUCAUUCUCGGGCCGUUCAUUCUGCCGCUCGACUCGUUCUAUGAUGUAGGUAGGAAGCCCAUCUUCCGUUAUUUAAAUGGUAAAAUAAACCGAGAGUGUAAGUUUUGUAACAUGAAGACCCGUCACCGUAUCGACAGACCUCCGUCCAAACACAGCCCGCCCGCGCCGCCGGGGAGCGUCCUCGACCUGUUCGAUGUUCCUCUCUACGCUGCCAUCAACAGAAACAACGGAAAGAUUAGCAAGAAGAUCGUCUCAUCAGAUUGGGAACAACUAUUAGAGUCGGGGGAGGAUAGGAACCCGUUCAUAAAGCGACUUCUUAAAAAGAUUUAUUUACACUCAAAAGACAAAGGAAAGACAUUUACAAAUAGAAUUUUAGUGAAGCGAGUCCUACCUCACGACGCUCCGGAGACGGGAUUAGAAUAUGAUUACAGGUUUAAGACAUUAUUUAAACCGCUCGUAAGAAUACACAGAGAGAAAACUCUCUCCCACGACAGCGGAGGAGAAAGAGAAGAUCCUUCCUACGACAACGACGAACAAGAGAUGAAAAAUGUUCACAUUAUAAAUAUAGACGACGAACGGGAGGAGCCUUCACUGGAACCGCUUGGAGCUGGUCAAUAUGAUGGAGACGUACACAGAGACACAGAACACAAAGACGCAAAAAAUAACAGAUUAAAGUCAUAUAACAAAAUUAUAUAUGUACUAAAAGAUAGUCUGAGAUCUCCCUACUGGGGUCGCUCCUUGGAGUCGAAAGACGGUCAACAGAAAGAUGGGAUGUACGAGUUCGAUGAGAUGUACAGCGGAAACAAAUCAAAACAAUGGAUCCCGCACUAUCCGUUCUGGAACUACUGGACCUAUAAGAAGGCGAUCCACGAGGACGUGUGUCCGGAGCAGCAGGUGAAGGUCGGUAACAUGUGUGUUUGGUUUCCGCCUCACUGA